CUAUGAAAGGUAAAUAGAAGUCUUGCACGUUUGAGCGAGACAACUUCACAGCAAUUGUAUACGUACGAACUCGAUUUGCAUAAUUUUUUAAGGACAUAUACUUGAAUAUGAGUCUCUAUGAUGACUUCUGAGGGAGAAAAUAAUAUUCGACAACAUAAUUCACACUUAGAUUUCUUAGCAUUAUUCUCAGUUAUCUGUUCAAUAAAAUGUGUGCGGUAAAAAUUGGAAGGCUUGGAAAAUUUGAUCUCAAUCCCCGUGGAGAGCUUUGGUGCAAAGAUGAAAAUAGGUUUGGACAUAAAUUAUUAUCAAAAUUUGGAUGGAGUCAAGGAAAAGGUUUAGGUAAAAAUGAAGAUGGAAUUGUUGAAAACUUGAAAGUCAGAUUAAAAAUGGGACAAACCGGAGUUGGUUGGGAUGAAAAACUACCAAUUGGAAUCGAUUAUCGUGAAUAUGAUGCUGUGCUUAAAGAUUUAAGUGAAAAAUAUCAGAAACCUGGGGAAAUAAAAAUUGAAGAUACCAGUCUUGAAAAAAGAUCACAACAAUUUAAGAAUAGAAUACAUUACCAAAAAUUUGUUCGAGGAAAAGAUAUUAGUCAGUAUUCUGAGAAAGAUAUGAGUUGCAUAUUUCUUUCGAGAGAACCUGAAAAGCAAAUCGAGUCUACAUCUAAAGAAUCUACUGUGACAAAUAUAGAGAGUCAUAAUACUGGUCUUAUUGGUAAAGAAUGCACGCCUACAUUUAAUAGUCAAUUGUCUGUUGCAGAUUAUUUUGCAAUGAAGAUGAAAAAUAAAAUAGGACCAAAUUUAAAUGCACCCAAAAUAUCCAAAAGUGAUGAAGAAUUUUCUCAACCAGAAAGUGGUGUUAUGAAUAAAAAGAGAAAACAGGAAUUUAAAAACAGCAAAAAAGUAAAACGAAUGAAGCAUGAACCAGAAUUUGGUAUUGUGGAAGGAAGUUUGUUAAAUGAAGAGGAACAUAUUUUGGAAGCUUCGUCAAAAGAAACGCAUGAUGAGAAGUUAGUCUCCAAAGACCCAUUUCAAAAUAUGGAAGAAUCAUGUAAUAGUGAAAGUAUGAAGAAAAAGAAAAAAAUGAAUAAAACAAUGAAGAAUUUCUGUAAUACAUUCAAGGCAAAACAGUAUAUGGAAACCUGUUGGCAAGAAGAAAAAAGUUUUAGUAAGGGAAAUUCAAUUGGAAACAAGAACUUGGCUUUUGAUUGUUCUCAAGACAAAAGUUUUAAUUCUGCAGAAGAAUCCAAAUAUAUUGCAGAGGAAGAAGUUAUGAGUAGGCAAAGAAAAAAGGAGAAAAAAGGCUAUAAGAAAGUAAAAGAGGGUGUAGGAGGUGCUAAAAGUUCUUCUAUCAGUGAAUCUGAUGAUGUGGAACAAAAGUCUGCUGAAGAGAGUAUCACUGAAAGUAUAAAAAUUGAAAAACAAUCUUCUAAAGAUAGUAAAAGACAUAGAAAUAAAACAUCCAAUUUAAAAAGUUGCUUGAAAAGUUGUUUAAUUAAUAAUAAAUAUAGUUUUAAACAGAAAAGAAGUGUUUCCUUUUGUGAAAACGUUUCAUAUAAAGUAAUUGAAAAUGUUGUUAGUCAUUUGAAUUCUGAAGCUCUUGAAGCAAAUGAAAAAUUAUUAUCAUGCAAUGAUGAAGAUGGCAUUGAUCGUGAAGUUCUACACGAAAUAGAGUGCAUCGAAAUGAAUCAUGUUGAUGAUUCAGUUAACUCUGAUAAUUCUACUAAGGAUGAUGAGUACAAUGACGUUUCUUGUGAUGAGGUUGAGGAUAACACAGUGCCUGAAUGUUUCAAGUUGCCAAAAUGCAGCAGUACAAACUAUGACAGUUGGUUGGAAACACAGAGAAUUGCUGCUAGAAUGAAAGUAUAUAAAAAUAUGGUUAAAAGAAUGAAGAAGCAUCCUAUUUUACGGAAAACUAAUUUAUUAGAAAUAAAAGGUUAUGGUAACUGGGGUCUUUAAAUAAAAUAUAUUUUAAUUUUU